AUGAAUUUAUCUUGGAAAUUAAAGAAUAAUUCUAGGAUUCCUUCUUUCAACUUCAGUUCCAUACUCUUCUUCCUUUUCAUACUAAUUUUUACCAUUCGAUCUUACUCUUAUGACUUCAGACUUGAGUCCUCAAAGUUCAAAGGAAAGGGACUAAUAGGAGAUUUCGGAGAUUUCGACAACAGCGGGAGCUUAAGUUUUGCAACGUAUUCAUAUAAUACAGUUACCGAUAAGUCCACAAUUUAUAUUUAUUCCGAUAUAACGAAAUCCGAGAAAAGUGAUCCAUACCAUAAGUUCCAAGUUGAUGGCGAAUGCGAUGGAAUUACAGCAGCAGACUUCGAUUCCAACGAUUUCUUGGACCUCCUGCUUGUGAUGAAGAAGAAACCUAGCCCAGAAGAUACAAAUACUCUAUACUAUUUGCUGGUAUACUACCAGCUUAUGGGCGGCGAAUUUGGUUCCAACAGCACAUGGGACUCCAGACAGUCGUUGGAAAUUUCCUUUAACAAUCUUGAAAAUAAAUUAGGCGAUAUUGAUAACGUUAAAUCUAAAGUUUUGGAACAUAAAUAUUACGAAUAUAGCACAAUUCACCCUCUUGUAGCAGACUUCGAUGGAGAUGGCACCUUUGAUAUUCUGGUGCAAACACCAGAUUUAAAGCUCUUUUUCUGGAUGAAUUAUGGAUAUUUUUUCCUACCUUUCCUUCAUAAUAAAAUUCCAACAUUUACACUUAACUAUGAAAUUGAUGGAUUCAUACCCAAUCCACACUCUUGCGCCUUUAUUGAUAUGAAUGGUGACUGCAGACCUGACCUAGUACUCAUGCUAGAAUACCCCCAUCUUAAAAAUGUGUAUGUUGACAUAUGGUUAGCUGAUGUAGCACCUACCGGUGUAGUAUAUAAACGAUCAGAUAAUUUAUUGUUACCAAAAAACCACGGAAUGAUAACCUUUGGCGACUUCGAUAAUGAUGGAACGAAUGAUAUAUUGGUUCCAACUUGCGAUUCAGUAAAUUCGGAAGGUUAUUGCACAUCCAGAUGUAAAAUAGAAAUUUCAUAUAAUAAACAAAUACCAUUUUGCCCACAAAUGUUCCAAACCAGUGAUCAAUUGUGUAGACAUCCAGCUGAACUCUGUGUACACUCGAGGAUGGACUUUACUCCUUUUACAAAUCAUGUAAUUGAAAUCGCUGAAGAAUACACGUUCAUUUACCCCCUUAACUCUUCCCAAUUUAACUUGACCAAAUCCAAAUUUAACUACUCGAAAAUUUACAAAACACAUUCAAAUGAGCUAAGAACUCCAAAGGAAGAUGAAGGAAAUGAAGUCGAAGAUAUAGAGAUGAGUAAGAUAAUUUACUCUAAACUACCAACACAACUUGAGCGGGUUACAGCUGGAGAUUUUAAUAAUAACGGCUUUCUGGACUUAAUUAUACCAUUGAAGUUUGUUGACUCCGUUUCCGAGCACUCCUCCAAAGAUAAAAGUGAAAAGAAUAAUGGAUCUCCUAAAUAUUUAUCAUUGAUAGCUAAAAACUUAUCAAAAGACAAAGGAGAUGCCAAUUACAAUGAGUUUAUACCUGUUAUAAUUCACAACCCAGAUGCUACUCUAACACAUGUCGCUACCGCCGACAUAGUCGAUCGCAGAAUGGUGAACAUGAUGCUAUUUCUAAAAAUUGGCGAAAAAAUGGAAUGUCUAUACUAUUCACUUUAUAAAGAAACAAUUGAUUUGUUUAUGAAGCUAAUGACCAAAUAUAUGGUAAUUGAUGAAUCUAAAUACCCUGAUAACUAUUUCUUAUCUGGUUCUAACAAUAACGGAUUAACAUAUAAAUUAACAGUGAUUGAUAUCCACGGCAUAAAAUUCCCCAAAAUUGCUACUUUGAGACCACAAACAGCAUAUUCACCACUCUACACGCCUUUCACAUUCAUCGGGUUGGGCAAGACUAAUAAUUAUGUUGAAGAGUUUUAUUUGGGAAUUUCGUCCUCUAACAAGAAAUGCAACCACAUGUGGAUUUCAAUCAUACCAAGCUGUACUGUUAUUACAGUGCCAGUGCCACUUGAAAUACCCUCACACAUAGCUACAUAUCAAAUUUCUCAGGGAAACAUGGAAAUGUUUAGGUGGGUAUUGAAGUUGAGUAUUAUACCGGGAAAGAAGCUGUUUAUGAUCCUGAUAACGACGUCAAUAUCGUUGAUUGUUUUUGGAAUCAUCGUAUUAAUUUUCGACUUUAAAGAAAAGAGGGAGGAUUUCGUUCAGGCAAAGGGGUUCAGACAAAAAUUCAUUAUAAAUUAA